AUGAGGGAGUAUUUACAACCUGUUCAUGCUAACUACAAUCACCAUAUGAUUUUUAUACUUCUUAAAACAAAAACAUGCAUAUGAUUGCCUGGUGAUAUUUUCGUAUCGUGAUCUGUAGAGUCAACUACAAUCGCCAAGGAGCCAAAUAGACUUAAAGCUUGCAAAAUUUCUUUGAGAAACAUACAUAAGUGAUCGUGAGUUAUACCCUUCGAGUUAUUCCGCUUCUGUGAUAUCUCUUUUUAGUUUCUCGCAGGUCACUGUCGGGAAGUUGCCAAGGCUUGGUGAUUAUUCAGUGGCAGACAGUGUUGUGGAAAUCUUGGGAUAUUUCUGAUUGCCUGGGAGUGGCUACAAAGGGUCUGGUUCAUUUCCUCGACAAUCACUUCAUCGACAAACCAUUUAAACGGCUUGGUAAUUUUGAUGAUAAGGUCGUUUUUCUUGAUUUGGUCAGUUCGUCAACUUGUCACUUCAUGAACACGGUCGGGUGUUGGGAACUUACCAAUAUUCUGUGAUGAAGAUCCUCCCCCAUCUCCAUCAAGGUUCUCUUCUGGAUCUAAGAACAUUAAUUCUGAGCUGUAUGCUCAAGCUCUAGCUGCUAAAUCAAAUCUUGGAUUAAUGGACAAUAAAUCAAGCUCAUCUGCUUUAGAAUCUUUACGUAACUAUGGGACACUACAAGGAAGUUCUCCAAUUCAUUCUCCUAGUAGAGAUAGCUUGAACAGAAAUUUGCCUGCUUAUUCAAAUAAAAAUGACUACAAUUUUUACAAUUCUUCAUUUGCAUCUUCUGCAGAAACAGACUUUUCAUCUAUCUAUACAAAUCCAAAUGAAAAAGUUGCUUCACAUGAAAGAAGCACGAGACCGCCAUCAUCAGACGCAUCAAGUCCAUAUACAGGUGUUAAGCCUAUUAUUAGCAAUCUGCAGUCAAUAGAUGAUGAAGAUGAAUUUUUGUAUGGGGAUUCUAAUCCUCUACCCGAAGAACCAGCUAAAAAAGUAACUGAACAAAACAAGAAUUCUGAAACUAGUUUAGUUGAUACAAAUUGGAGUGAUGAUGAGGAUUCAGAAUUGCUUAAAUUUCAACCGUAUAGAGGUCCUUAUGCGAAGAGAUCAGACGAAAGGAAAAUCAUGGAAAGAAAAUCUAAAGACUCAUUGAUUCGAAGCAGUAAUCCCUCUAUAUCAGGUAGAUCAUUAACCGCUGAUGCUAAAGAUGCCAUCAAUAAGUAUUUAUCUCAAGGUAGUACGACUUCUGACAAAGUUAAAGCUGUGCAGCAGAGUGAUGAUUUUUAUUUUAAUAAAAACUUAGAAACACCUCCUCAGCAAGUUCUCUCCCAGAAAUUAGACUCUGAAUGGAGAUCAGACUUUGCAAAAUCUUCACCAGAAUAUUCUAAAAUGACUAAUUUUACUCAUUCUAAUAAAGAGUAUCCAUCACCUAUAUCGCAGCCUAGAGAAGGUUCUUUUGAUUUAAAACCACAAUAUUUGAAAGAUUUUCCCAUUCCUCGAAAUCAGAAGGAAGAAUUAAAGGAUAGUCCUAAAUUUAAUUUGAAUGAUUAUUCCUUGCAAAGUUCCAGACAUCCCACUAGUAUAUCUCGUUUUGAUAAUAGAGAAAGUCCUGAAAGAUUGUCCAAACUGCAAAUAAAUUUGAAAUCUGACGAUAUGAUGUCUAGUAAACGAAUUGUUCGUGUGCGUGAGGAUAAUCUUCCAAGUACAACACCCAAAUCUGCUAGUCCCAUAAUGAUUGAUAAUUUUUCUAAUGAAGGCAUUGGAACUCGUCGCGUAAUUCGAGAGAAAGUUGAUGCUAGCGUUUUUAAAUCUCUUUCUGAUUUACCAUCUAAAGCAGUUGAAGGACCUGCUCUUCCUAAAAGAUAUUCUAGUGAAAGUUCCAAGAAAAUUAAAGAAAAUGUAUCUAAGCUAUCAAAUAAGAAUCCAAAAAAUAGAAACUAUUCUCCUAGCCGUAAAGCUCUUACGCAUAAGGAAUAUUCAGAACACGAUACCCGUUUUUCAUCUAGGGAUCACAGCCCACAUCGUAGAGCACGAGAAAGAUCUCCAAAUUAUAAAACCCGUUCUCCUUAUCAUUGGGAAAAUCCUGAAAGAAAGAAAUACCAUUCUAGAGGCAGAAGUCCUAAACCACAUUCACGUGAUAGGCAUGGAGUAUCACCUCCUAGAAGGCGGUCGCGUAGUAGGCAUGGUAGAGGACGAUCUAGAAGCCCUAGAUAUCGUAGGCAAUCACGUUCAAGAAGUCCCAAACAUUCUAGAGAGAGAAGUCCGCAUAAACAUUCCUAUGGUAAGAAAAGAUUUUCAUCUGACAGUUCUUCAAGUAGUGAGUCAGAAAACUUAUUUGAUAAAAAUUCUGAUAGUUUGUCUGAUGUUUCUACUAAAGGUCUAUCUGGUUUUGAUUUCAAAAAUGAAAAAAAAUUGAAUUUGAGAAUAGAAAAGCACUUUAAAGAAAUCAGUGGUCCAAAUCAAGAUUCAGAAACUAGUUCCUCUUUGCGAAGUAAAUCACAUAACACCUUAGAAAUAAAAGGGUCUGAUACUCUAACAAGAUCUGUUACAAUUGAUAACCAACAUGGUAAAAAAGUUGAAGAGGAUGUGGAAAUAUUAGAAGUAUUUCCAUCAAGAAAAGAAGUAUUUGACAAAACCAAUGAACUUGACGAGAACAUUCCCCAAAACAUUAAUUCCUCAUUAUCUGCUGCUCCAGAUAUGCAAAAGCAAGUCUUGCAUGCGCAACAAGUUAUGCCCCUUCAACAAGCUUUACCCCCGCAGCAAAUUAUACCACAAGUUUUGUCACCUGCAGCUGUUCCAUUUCCUCAAUCUUUGCCAUUUCAUAGCUCAUACCCUAUGCAGCAACCAUCUCCUUUUUCUAAUUUUACCUACUCCCCAAACUAUCCUCCUCCUGUUGCUCCAAAUUCUAUGCCAUAUAACUAUCCAUCGCCUAUGACUACAUCAUACAAUAUGUAUGCUCCGAGAUCCUUAGUUCCUCCCCCAAUUUCAAGGAUAAAUUUGAAAAAUGUUCCUGUAUCUGAUAUUCCAUCUGCUCCAGUAAGUUCUGCACCGAAUUUAAUUCCUGUCUCCACAGCAAGCUCUAAACAAAUGGAUAUUUCUGCUAAACUUACCUCUCAGAUUAAUCAAAUGAUUGAGAGUGCAAAGUCUUCAGUAAAAAUUUCUCCUACAUCAAAGACUUCUGUAAUUCAAUCGACGCAGGCAACUAAAACUUCUACUACUAAUUCUUAUACUACCCAAGUUACAGAUACUUUCAAAUCAUCUAAUAAAAAUAAUUCACCUGUAACUAAGUCUACUGAGUCUUCUUUAAGAUGGCAACCAAUAUCAAUGCCUAUAAAAAAAUCAGGUUCAAGUUUCUAUAAAGAUAAACAUAUUGAAGAUAAACAAGUUAAUGCAAAUGAUGCCCUGAAUAAAGAAAAAUAUAAAGAGUGUUAUUACGAUAGAUAUGUGUUACAAAAAACUUUAAAAAAUACUUCGAAAGACACUUCUGAAAUUAGAAAUCUUUUGGGUGAACUUGAAAAGAAAAACGUACCCGAGGAAAUGGACAAAGGCAUGAUUAGUCUGAUUAUGAGAUGUAGAAAUCUGCAUGACAAAGCUCAAGAAGAACUUAAGUCACUAAUUGAUGAGGCCAAGCAGAAACAAAUAGACUUAAGUGCAUUAGGAAAUAAAAUUAAAAAGGAAGAUCUUAAAUUAAUACAAGAAGAAGUUGAAACACAGGUAAAUGAGAACAGUUUUAAAUCCCGUAAUGUAUCAAGUCUUGUUAAAUAUUCAGGAUUUGAUUCAGGUCAUAACUGGUGUGAUUCCUGCUGUAAAGAGUUUACAACUAUUGCCAGCCUCCUGAAUCAUUACUAUACGUCUGAUCAUUUAAAGCAUGUUGACCCAUUUAAUCCAGCUACUUUUAAAGAACCAAAAAAAGAAGAAGUUGCAAGUGACUGUAUUCUAAGGCACAUUAAAGGAGUUGAAUUUGUUAAACCUCAUUACUCUUUUUACUGUUCUCUGUGUAAUGAAUCAUUACUGAAUGAAAGCCAUGCUCAACAACAUUUAAAAGGUCACACUCAUACUGUCAAUUACAUGCAAUUUCUGAAAGAAAAUCCUGUAUAUGAAAGGAAGCGUGAAUUGAUGAGAACUUCAACUAUAACUCAGAUGGUAAAAGCCAAAAAGAAAAAAGAACAUAUUGAAAAACAAGUGAAUUUGGCCAAAAAACGCAAGCUAGAUGCUGAUACAGAUCAAAAGAUAAAGGAUAAAAUUCGUGAAGAAAUAGAUAAAGAGAAAUCUUUCGUUGAGCUGGAGGAAAGUAAUAGCAUGGACUCAAGCGAUUCUCCUACGAAAGCAGCAUCAAAUAUUAAAUUGACUCUGAAUAAUGCAAAUGAUGCAAAAAAGGAAAUUGAGACAAAACUCAGAAAUAAAUUUUUAAUUGGACAGAUGCCUAGCUCACGUGCAAAAUUAUUGCGUGCAAAGUUGAAUGAAAAAAUUGCUCUUGAAAAAGAAAAAGCAGAAAAAAAAUCUUCUGAACUUAAAAAGAAGAAUGAUAAACUUAUUACUGCUGCAAAAAAAGAAGAAAAAAGUCUUUUUUCAGUGGACUCCACGGACAUUCCUUUUUACACCAAUGAAGAAUUUAAACAAAGCAUUGCUCAAAAAAAUGAAUUUGACUCAUCUGAAACUGAAAAGACAAAAACAUCAAAGCGAAAAAAAUUGCCUGUUUCAGGUUGUCAGAGUAAAAGUGAAGCAAGCCUUUCCACUACUAAGCAGGAAGAUAAUUCUUGCAAAACCCAAAACUCCAACAGUGCUACAAAUACCAUAACUGAAUACCAGUUAUCUUAUAUUGAACUUCCAAAAAGAAAUACAGCCACUGCUUCACAUCAAAUUCCAGUUGUAUCUGCUGCUAAGGUUGCUGCAAACGUGGCUUCAAAACCUCUAUCUGAAGAAGAGAAAGAUUUUUUACUUUUAGGGAUAAACAAAGCUGAUAUGGUGCCACUUGUUAUACCUCGUCCACCCCCUUCUUCUUUGAUACAAUGCCCUGAAGCGUUUGCUCAAAGCAAAUUGGACAAGAAAUUACCACCUGAACAGAUACCUUCAUUGAAAGCGCAACUUCCUCCAUUUCCUCCACCACUUCAGUUUCCACCCCCACUUCAAGUGCCACCUCCUGAUAUUAAAAGUGCUCCUGUUAUUCCACCUUUUCCUCCACCUCUAACUGUACCUCCGCCUACUCAAACUGCCAAGGCUCUUUUAUCACCAGAAAAAUACGGUUUAACCAAUAUUCCACCUUUCCCACCUCCUUUACAGGUUCCACCACCAAGUCAUAUUUUAGGUAAUCAACCAGCAUCUGUUUAUCUUCCCACAUCUGGGUCUAGGGUUACCCAGGAUGAAAUUGCUGUUGUUGACAUGGAUAUUGACACUGAAGAUUUUAAUUCAGAAGUAACAGUUGAAACUAAUUUAUCUGUUAAAUCGACGGGUCCUUUAAAACGGAAAAAGACAUCGCUUCCUUCGCCAGAUACUGAACAUAGAUUGCCUAAAAAAUUAUCAGGUAUGAGGACAGAGUCACUGAAUAUUCCUACUCAGAGUAACAAAGCUAUUGUAAAUCAAUCACCGUCAGCUAGUAGCAAUUUGAAAGCACCAGUUGCUGAGGCAGUCAAAUCUAAAAUGGAAGCUGAAACAAAUUCUGUUCAAAGUUCUACUGAAACUCUAUUAAAGACUUUAGAAGAUGUUAAAACUACUGUAAGUGAUGUAGAAUUAAACAAGUACACAAAACCUUGCAGUGAGACUUUAAUGUCAAUAAUGGACACUGUUGUUGAAAAUACUGAUGGCAAUCAAGCUAAACUUAAGCCAGGUGAAGUGAACAGAAAAGAAGUCAAUCUUACUAAAUCCCCUAAAUCAAUAGAAUCAACUAAUAACUUGAUAUCAGAUACAAAUUCUUGCACUAAAUUUGAGUUAAUUGAAACUCAAUCAACCAGUUCACCUGACAUCAAAACAGAAUGCAUCAUUGUAUCUCCCAAUGAAACUGAAAAAGCUAUAACGCAAGUUAAGGAAACUGAAAAAGAAUCAACGACAACUUGCAGUAGUCUUUCUGAAAAUAAUCUUACUGCUGAUGUAUUUGAUCAGCAAAUAAAAGAAAUCACCUCCGUUGAAGAAAAUAAAAGUAUGGUAGAUGAAGUCCCUCCUCUUAUUGCCACUAUUGAUAUGCAAACAGUUGUAGAGGAGAAAGUGCGUGAACAAACGUUUCUUGAUUCUACCACUGAGCAACCUUCUUGUAUUUCUAGCUCUGAUCUUGGAAAGAGUAUGGAAAAAGAAAUUUCCAUCUCUGAUGAAAAAGAUAGCCAACUAACUACAGUUACUUCAAUUUCUGUCACAGAAAUAGAUUUAGAUUCUGUAGCAAGUGAUAAAGUUGGUGAAACAAGGAAAGUAAGUGACCCUGCAGCUGGGCAUGACUCAAUUAGUACUGAUCAACAGGACAGUGUAAGUAGAGAAAUAUCUGCUGAUGUCAAUAAUGAUAGCCACGUCACUAAUAUGAGUUUUUCUAUAAGUGAAGAAGUUGAUCAAAUGUUAUUUGAUGAAUCAACUCCCAAGCAAUCUUCUAGUACCGUCUCUAAUCUACGAGAUGAUCUGGAGGAAGAAAUAUAUUCCAUUGAAGAAAAUAUAGCUGAAAUCAUUGAAGCUGAUCCACUUUCUAUUUCAUUAGCUGAUAUGAAUUCACCUCCAAAUGAAAAAACUUGCAUUGAAAAGGUAUUAGUUAUGCAAGAAACUAUGAAAAAAGAAAAAGUUUCUUCGCCUGAUAAUGGAAGCCUGGCAACUGAAGUCACCCCGACAUUCACAACUGAAGCAGUAUGUGAUCAAUCAAUGUUAGAGAAUUCUGCUUCAAGACAAAUGUCUGGCCUACAGGAAACUGGGGAUAAAGCUCCAUCUGUUGCUGUUAAUGAAAAUUUAAAUGUUGAAGCAACUGCACUUUCUAAUACAUUAACUGACACAAAUUCACCUGAAAAUGAAAAGUUUGAGGAUUCCAUAUCUUCACAUACUUCCAUUUCUAGCUCAGUUCAUGCUAUAAUUGAAGAUAUUGAUAAUAAUGAUGAUAAGACUGGUGAUUCUAUUGCUGAAAUUCCUCUGGAAGAGCCUUGUCCUGUAAAUGUAAAAAAUACUUCUGACCAAAUGUCUGAUUUCAAGGAACCAUUGUAUGCUAUGGAACUGGGAACUGAUUCAACAACUGACGCUGUCUCACAAGGUAAAAUGAAUUUACAAGACAAUAAAGAAACUUUGUCAUCUGAUCACCACAUGGAAGAUAAUAAAGGUAUAUCACAUGCUGAUGGCUGUAAAACAGAAUUUAAAGAUAAUUCAUUGUCUAAUGAGCAAGUUUCAGAAGAUUUUAAAGUUUUAUCACCAGUGAAAGAUGAAAGUGCUAUGCAAUCACUGUUGAAUCUGGCAACAGAAGAUCCUUCUUUUAAUGAUGGUAAAGUUUGUGAAACGACGGUGAAACAGUCAAAUUUGUUUAAAGAUGUUAUCGAAAUUGAAUAUAAUACAGCGAAAAUUUGUGAAGAUCCCAAUUUUCCAAGUUAUGGUGCUAAGAAAAUUUUUAAAGAAGAUUCCUCUAGUGAAGCAGUAAAAGAUGAAGAGGAAGCAAUGGAAUUAGAUACUGAAGUUUCUUGUGAUGUUUUGAAUUCCGAUCAAAUUGAUGUAAAUAUGGAAGAAAACACUGGCAAUCAUGAAGCAAUGCCACCUGCGAUGCAUGUGGAAUUAGAAAAUUUAACCGUUGCAGACACAUCCGUUCGUACAUCAGAUACAUGUGAAGCUUUAGAAGUUAGCAGUAAGAAUCUUCAAGCAACAGAUUUUUCACCUGAAAAUAAAAUGGCAUUAAAUGUUAUGGCUGAAUCUGAAAAACUGCUUGCUGAAAAUAAAGAUUUAUCAGAAGACACCACCUCUAAGACCAUUACAACAUCUCCAAGUUUUAGUACAGAAAUGGAAAACAUUGAAAAAGCAUCUGAAGAAGUAGAAAUAGAUUGUGAAGUUAAAAAUAUACAAAAAGAAGUUACUGAUGCUGAUAUUGAUGAUAAAAAGGUAGAAGUUGAUGAUACUCCAAGUGCUGAAGAAAAAAAGGUAGAAGUUGCUGAUAUUUCAAGUGCUGAAGAAAAAAAGAAAGAAGUUGCUGAUACUCAAAUCGACGAUAACAAAAUUAAACAAGCUGCUAAUUCUCAAAAUGAUGAAGAUAAAAAUAAAAUGUAUGAUACUCAUAGUGAGAGCAAACCUGAAACAGAAGAUAAUGCCAGUGUGACUAAUAAUCAGAGCGACAGCAACAUAUUGAAAGUUCAAGGCAAUGAUUCUGAUACAGAUGAGUAUGAAACUGGGGAUAAUUAAUUUACCAAGAAUAUAUAUAUAUUAGAAUUUUAUAUUGAUUAUGUAAUAAAGGUUGCAUGUAUUUAUUUCUUUUUAUUGCAUAUCUUUAAAGCUUAUUGUAUUGCAAUAUAGAUAAAUAUGUCUUUUAAUUUUUCUUUUCAUUGUUAUUUUGUAGGUAUUCAUUGUAUUAUUCAAUUUCAUUGAGAAAUAAAUUUGUGUGUUGGUCAA